AUGGCAUCCAAACUACGAAUACUGGUCCCCGUCAAGCGGGUCAUUGACUAUGCGGUCAAACCCCGCGUCAACAAAGCCCAAACGGCCGUCGAAACCACCGGCGUCAAACACAGCAUGAACCCCUUCGACGAGCUCUCCAUCGAAGAAGCCGUCCGCUUCCGCGAACGCAAGUACCCUGUCGAAGACAUCCUCGCCUUCUCUGCCGGACCCGCGAAAUCACAAGAUAUCCUCCGGACAGCAAUGGCCAUGGGCGCGGAUCGCGGGCUUCAUGUUGUCGAGGAGAAGACGGAGUUAGAGCCGUUGGGGGUCGCGAAGGUGCUGCAGAAGGUUGUCGAGGAGGAAGGGAGGAAUUUGGUUAUUUUGGGGAAACAGAGUAUUGACGAUGAUGCAAACCAGACUGGGCAGAUGCUCGCUGGUCUUCUCGGGUGGAGUCAAGCUACGCAAGCGAGCAAAGUCGACAUCGAGGGCGACUCCGUCACUGUGACCCGCGAGGUGGACGGGGGCGUGGAGACGUUAAAAGCGAAGCUACCGAUGAUUAUUACCACGGAUCUGCGCCUCAAUGAGCCGAGAUAUGCGUCGCUGCCGAAUAUUAUGAAGGCGAAGAAGAAGCCGCUGCAGAAGAAGAGUAUGGCGGACUAUGCGGUGGAUACGGGGAAGAGGUUGAAGACGGUCAAGGUGGCGGAGCCCCCGGCAAGGCAGGGGGGUGGGAAGGUAGAGGAUGUGGGGGGCCUGAUUGGGCGGUUGAAGGAGUUGGGGGCGCUGUAG